AAUUCGAUGCCGUCAGCGCGUUGUUAGAACAUUGUUGGUUAUUGUAAAUUGUACUAAUUGGGCAUGGCGGUCCCUACUGACACAGCAGUAGCCCCAUCAUUUCCCUUUCAAGUGUCCUCAUUGUCUUUUCGCGCGUUCUCCCAGUGAAACAGGUAUUCUCUGAUCGGUUUCGACGUUCAACUAUCAUUUAGUACUUGUACAUUAUGCACAUCACAGAUGUGUGUGUGAAGUGUCCACAAAUAGUGCAGGAGGAGUUCAAUGCGGUGAUCUCUGUCGCCCCUCUGAAAAUCAGCGUAACUCAUGCCGAAGUAUAAAGCUGAGCUGGUGAUCUAUUCAGCAAUGGUUUCAUCUCAUUCUGAAUACAUGGCGUGCAUGGCGUAGUCUCCGUCAUUUGACAGUCAACAUGGCGUCUCACAGUGAACAUUUACUUAAUACGAAAUUUAUUUAAAUAUCGAAACUUAGAAUAACAAAAAUAAUAUUGACCUAAGGACGAUAAUAGUUUGACAAGAAGAUGAGUCUACCGAGUUCAGGUAACAACAUCAUCUCCAAAUGGGCUGUUAUAACGGUAUAAAUAUAAUAGGUACGUUUUUAUGGAAAUAUGGAUCCAAUUUUAGAAAAUGAAUCUGCUACGGCAGAGAAUAUUGCUAGACAUGGCAAGAAGCACAAACAGAAAAAGAAAAGAAACCAAAAUGAAAUACAAAAAGAUAUACAAACAGUAGUUGGCGAGAAGAAAAAAUUUGUUGUCACCACUUUAUCAACAACCGACGAUAAAGAAAGUCCUUCGGGUAGUGUAGCAGCAAGUAAUAUUCACACGGUACAUUUUGGUACACGCGGUGUGGAAUCACAAAGACCACACAUUAGAUCUAUUUUUAAAGAUAGAUCUGCAGAAACAUCUCGACCAUCAAGUUCUGAAAGAGAUUCCGUGGAAAAAAAGGAAUAUGAAACAUUUCACGGAACAUCGUCUAGUCCUCGUAGUUCUAUUUUUGAUAUAUUUCGAAUAAGGAGAAAGAGUGAUGCUAAAAAGUAUCCAAAGCCUGUCAAACCAAUAGAAACUCAAGAAACUUCAAAAGAACAGCAAAAUGCAGCCGAUACAAAAGAUUCUCAUAAAAAGUAUUAUCAUACAGUUACAGGGGCAUCGUCGCGGAAAUACAGUCCUAUCACUAGAGUUAUGGAUAUAUUUAAUUUCAAAAGUAAACCACAUACUGAGAAUAAUCAAGCUGAUCAAGGAAAAAAGAAAAGUAAUACGUUACGUCGAUCUUCAAUAGAGACAACUUCACCUACUUACCAUAAAAAUUCUUAUGCUUCAUUAGAUCCAGUGCAAGCUAAGCAAAUUUUCAGGGAGGUUAGAGGACUUCCCAGAUAUGAUCCAUAUUUAUCAAUUGUACAAAUAUCGUUAGGGGGUAGAGACAAAACUAGAUUGUUGUUGAAUUUUUUCAAAUACCAUAAAUGUUACGAAAUUUUACCUAAAUCUGCAAAAGUAAUUAUAUUUGACACUCAGUUCUUAGUUAGAAAAACAUUUCCUACGCUUAUAUCUCACGGUAUUAGAUCGGCUCCACUUUGGGAUGCCAACAAAAAAUUACUUGUUGGUAUGAUAACAGUAACUGAUUUCAUUCGUAUUCUUCUUUAUCUAGAAGCUGAAAAUUUAUCUGUAGAGGACUUAGAACGGCAUACUCUUCAUAAUUGGAGAAAAAUAUUAAGGUCCACACGCAAACAACUUUGUUGUGUGAGUCCAGACCAGUCUCUACAUGAAGCUAUUAAUUUGUUAAAUAAAAAUCGUGUCCAUCGUUUGCUUAUGGUUGAUCCUCAAUCUGGCGAUGUUUUGUAUAUAUUAUCUCACAAAAGGAUCUUGCGAUUUUUAUUUGUCUAUUUAAAUGAAUUUCCAGAAUUAACGUUUUUCCACAAAACUUUAACUGAUUUGAAAAUUGGUACUUUCGACGAUAUUCACUCCGUAAAUGAUGAUACUAGUAUUAAGUCAGCAUUUCAGUUACUGCUUGAAAAAGAUAUAUCUGCUUUACCAAUAUUAGAUGAAAAUGGCAAACUUAUUGAUGUCUAUGCAAAAUAUGAAGUAUUGAAUCUGGUCAACGAAAAACUUUAUAGCAAUUUAUCGUUGACAAUAGGGGAAGUAAGAAAAAAAAAGAAAGACUGGGAAGAAAAGUUACAAAAAUGUCGUUCAAGUAUUACUUUAUAUGAGGCCUUAGAAGUUAUAGUAAGAACUGAGAGUCAUCGAUUACUGUUAGUAAAUAAGGAAGAUAAACUUAUAGCGAUUGUUUCAUUAUCUGAUAUUUUACAAUAUUUAAAUAGAAUAAUUCCGACUGAGAAAAAGGUUUCGUCGCUUCAAGAAAUUUUCAAACCUCUUGAAGAAAAUAAGUUUGCGGAGUCACCGAAAGAAACAGAUAAUGACGUUAUAUCGAUCGAAGUACCAAAUAUAGGCGCGGAACAAAAUAAAAUUGUACCUGAAAUUGACGAAAAUAAUUUAGAAAGGGAAGUUGUAACUAAUGAAAAAGAAAAUAUUAAUGGCGUGGAGGAAAACGAGAUUUUGUCGGAAACAAAACAGACCGAUGAUAAUAGACACGUAAAUAAUAGUUUAAUAGUAGAACCAGCAGUAGAUUCCUCUACGAUAGAUGAACCGAUUGCUGAUGUUAAAGAAUAAGUAGAUCAUUAUUCCAAAGAAAUUGUGAUAGGUGAAGUCACCGAAUGUAUUUUAAUCUCGAAACAUGCUUUUGCUUAUAUUGGUAUCGUAAAUUUAUCAUCUAGUUCUUUAUUGCAUAGUUGCAACAAAUACUUACACGUGAUUGCCUUAUUCAUAUUAUUUACUUCAUUGUAAACAUUGCUGUAACUUAAUAAAUUUUUUAGCAGUA